GUUCGUACAUUCGAGAUAACCGCGCACUCUUGACUGCAAAAGGCCACAUGGAUUCUUUUGAUGCCUACGGGCCGAAUUCACAGGCCUUAACCUUUUUUGAUCCUGAAGAAAAUGACCUAAUUGGUGGGGAUACUCAGGGGCCAGAUUACGAUUGUAACGAUUUCACCUUGCCUUCACCGUCUCAAACACAGGCAUCUCAGCUUGAUAAUGACAAAAAUUGUUUUUCUCAACAACUCGAGCGCUCUGAUAGCCUAAAUGCCCUUACCCAACGUGUAGCAGAUUUAGAUUUUAAGGAUGACGAUUUAGAUGACUCUAAUACCGAACUUCCAGAACACGCAUGUGCUUAUUGUGGUAUUCAUGAUCCAGCUUGUGUGGUUUUUUGUAAUACCACAAAGAAGUGGUUUUGUAACGGUCGUGGAAAUACAUCUGGAAGUCAUAUAAUUAACCACCUCGUGAGAGCUCGGGCGAAAGAGGUAACCCUGCACAAAGAUGGACCCCUGAAGGAUACACUUUUGGAAUGUUACGUAUGUGGGUCAAAAAAUGUUUUCCUCCUUGGCUUUGUACCUGCCAAGUCAGAGUCUGUCGUUGUAUUAUUGUGUCGUAAUGUAUGUGCAAAUGCCAAUAAAGAUAUGUACUGGGACCCUGCUCAAUGGCAACCUAUUAUUCAAGGACGUCAGUUUCUUUCCUGGCUUGUCAAAGUCCCUAGUGAUGAGCAGCAAGCAAAAGCUAGGCAGAUAUCAGCUCAGCAGAUAAAUCGACUUGAGGAAAUGUGGAAGGAAAACCCCCAAGCUGCAGUGGAAGAUCUAGAAAAACCUGGAGCUGAUAAUGAAGUAAAUCCAGUAUUGCUAAGAUAUGAGAAUGCGCGCCAGUACCGAGAAGUAUUCAUACCCCUAGUACAACUGGAGGCUGAUUAUGACAAAAAGAUAAAGGAGUCAUUAAAACUCGAAAACGUUUCAAUUCGGUGGGAGACUGCACUCAACAAGCGUCGAGUGGCUUACUUCCGCAUUCCUGGAGCCAAUGAAGGUCCAGAAUUGCGCAUUAUGCACGGCGAUGAAUUGAUUAUUCAUCAGUUUAACAGCCCAAACGACCUUUUAGUUGGCGUUGGUCACGUAAUCAAAGUACCAGACAAUUUUAGUGACGAAGUUGGUUUGGAAAUGAAACACGUCAGUGAUACACCUUUGGAUUCUGCAACUUACAGAAUUGAAUUCAAGUGGAAAUCAACUCCCUUCGAUAGAAUGAAAAAAGCGAUCGUGACUGUAACAGAUGAGUCACGUGGUUUGUUACCACCAUACAUAUUUUAUCGACUAUUGGGGCAAGAGUUAGAUGAUAUGGUACUUAAAUGCAACCUACCCAAACGCUAUUCUGCACCAGACCUUCCUGAGCUCAAUCACAGUCAGGUGUUCGCUGUCAAAACGGUUCUUCAGCGUCCACUUAGUCUGAUACAAGGUCCUCCUGGAACGGGGAAAACUGUCACGUCUGCAUCAAUAGUUUAUCACUUAAGUCAAAUACAUCAGAAAAAGGUCCUAGUUGUUGCGCCUAGCAAUACUGCAGUUGAUCAGUUGUGCGAAAAAAUUGAUCGCACAGGACUAAAGGUAGUACGCUUAUGUGCUAGAUCCAGAGAGGCUCUAGCUUCUCCUGUUAGCCGUCUUAUGUUGCAUAUACAAGCUCAAAAUGUGAAGGGACAUACUGAACUUCGAAAGUUACAACAGCUGAAGGAUGAAACUGGUGAACUGAGCCAAGAUGAUGAUAAACGAUAUCAACUUUUGAAGCAUGAACUUGAACGUGACAUUCUUUUGGCGGCAGACGUAGUUUGUUGCACUUGUGUUACUGCCGGUGAUAUUCGUUUGGAGCGCCUCAGCUUUCAUUCUGUUUUAAUUGACGAGUCAACACAAGCAACAGAACCUGAGUGUUUAAUCCCCUUAAUGGUGGGCUGUCGUCAAGUUGUUCUUGUCGGUGAUCAUUGUCAGUUGGGUCCCGUAAUAACAUGUAAAAAAGCUGCUGGUGCUGGACUUACUCAAAGUCUGUUUGAACGUUUUGUCCUUUUGGGCAUUCGACCCAUACGCUUACAGGUUCAGUAUCGUAUGCAUCCAGCGUUGUCAGCUUUCCCCAGUAAUGUCUUUUAUGAAGGAAGUUUACAAAACGGAGUCACAGCAGAAGAUCGAUGCAAAAAGAUUGACUUUCCAUGGCCAAAUCAAGAUAGACCCAUGUUUUUCUAUUGCACAUCUGGACAAGAAGAAAUAUCUGGUAAUGGUGUGUCAUACUUGAAUAGAACUGAGGCGGCAACUGUUGAAAAAAUUGUCACGAAAAUGCUUAAAAUUGGUGUUCAUCCAAAUACAAUUGGAGUAAUCACUCCUUAUGAAGGUCAACGUGCUUAUUUGGCACAUUAUCUUCAUUAUUCCGGCUCUUUGAAUGCUAAAUUAUAUCAAGAAAUAGAAAUUGCCAGUGUUGAUGCAUUCCAAGGUCGAGAAAAAGAUUAUAUUAUUCUUUCAUGUGUUCGAGCAAAUGAAAACCAAGGUAUUGGAUUUCUUAAUGAUCCACGUCGUCUGAAUGUUGCUCUUACUCGUGCUCGUUAUGGGUUAAUAGUGGUUGGAAAUCCAAAGGCACUUUGCAAGCAACCACUUUGGAACCAGCUACUACACUUUUAUCGUGAUCAGCAUUUACUUGUGGAAGGACCGUUGAACAACUUAGGCGAAUAUAUGUUACAGUUCCCUAGACCAAAGGUUCCUUACACUUUCAAACCCGGUGGUCAUUAUUUAGCACAGCUUAACGCGAAUCCAGGUUUGCUGAAUAAUAAUCAGUUAAAUAGUCAAUUGAACAUACAUUCGGCAAACCAAUUCAAUUAUCUUGCGAAUUCAUCUCAACCGUGUUUUGAUAAUCCUAAUGGACCUACAGCCUUAGUGGCAGCAAUGGCAGCAGCAGCCGCUGCAGCUUAUUUCGGUGGUCCUAAUUCCAAUGCUAGACCAAAUGUUCCGUCAAAUCUUAAUCAACCGGGAGCAAGCCAUGCUGCAGCGUAUGCUGUUGCAGCUGCUGCGGCAGCUCAACAUCAUCAACCGAAUCAGUCAUUUUCAGGACAAACCAACGGUGGUUCACAUAAUAUGCAUCAACUUCUGAACAAAUCUCUUUUUGAUCAAGUUGGAUAUAUUGGACCAAACAGACAAUAUGCAGAAGCUAACGCUAGUUCAAAUCUCCCCAUGCCAUUAAGCAUGCUUAUGCCUGCUAAUCGUCCUUCGAAUUCAAAUGUUACAAAUUCAUUCGGUUCUUCUGGUCAUUUUGGCAAUGGGAAAUACGGCAACAACUUAGGAGCAGCUGGAUCACUCGGCAGACCGAUUCAAGCACUAGGUGCAAUGAACAUGCAUACGAAUCACUCUCAGUCGAAUACAGGAAAUACAAGAGCUCCAGGUGGUCCUCUUCCUGGUUCCGGUUCUACAGCACCCCGAUAUCUUGGAAAUGCACGUCGCAAUAUGCAAAACAAUUCACAAAAUGCCUCAAAAUCGCGCCAAGUCGACGGGGUUAACGCUUCAAUAGAACGUGGUACUACUAAUGAUACCAAUACUGGUGCUGGUUUACUGUCACAGCCCGGUUUAUCAGAAUUCUCAGGAACACAAGGAACUUCUAGUCUGGGUGCUCUUGGUGUAUACAAUAGUCAAUCGCGUCAUGCAGGGCUCUCUGGUUUAUCUCAGGAAAGCACUUCAUUGGACUUCCGCCUUGGUCAAGGUGCUAGUCAAAUGGACAACUUAUUGUUGUCACAAGAUUCGACGUUUCAAGGAGCUACGGUACCCAACAACAAAAGGAAUUUGCAAAGAGAAGAGGACUUCUUUGGUACUGAAAAUGACGACCAAUCCAAUGAAAGUUUCGAUGCAAGUUUGGUUAACGGAGCCGACCUAGAAGAUAUUGAUGUUUCUCAAAAUGUCAGCUGUGCGAGCAAUGGUGCACUGCUGUCGCAGUUUUAGAGAACUCAUUCGGCUUCAAAGCCGGAUAUCAGCGAUUAUGAGCUAACAUAUAAUAUCUUCAAUGGGGUGUCUGUUUACAGUCAUCCUCGACAACAACGACGGAAAGAAUCAAUUAAUUUGAACGUGAACGGAUAAAUGAAUCUUGGUUCAUAAAUAUGACCUAAAAACUGCCUCUAAUGAUUUGGUCACAUAGUUCUGAAACAAACAUUGGUGUUCUUUUUUAUGCUUCCUAGUGAUGCACUCAGAAGUUUGCACUACUUGCCUUUAAUUGCUGGAUAUACUGAUCUAUUCAUUUGAAGAUGUUUAUUUUCAUGAUAAAUUCUCUCACAUACAAAGUGUACAUUUUAUUAUUGUCCCGUUGACUUUAUUCUAAAUCUGUUGUAUAAAAUGUUGAAGAGCUAGUAUGUAUUCUUUGAAAACUAAUCAGUUCGUACGACCCGCUGCUCUAGUCCGGUUUUCCUGUACUCUGACCGCAUUUGCAAGUACAACUUUUUCAUUUCUUCGAAGAACUGAGGGUCUUGAAUACUGAAAUGCAAGAAUCAACUUAUAAUUAUUCUCAUUACUAUUUUUUGUUGCACUCCAGCGCCCGAUAGAAAUCCUUGCGACAGAUGUAUAUUGAUGUCCAGUAGUAUUUCUGUGUACAGUUAGACCAUUCUAAAUGCGAAAUGACAUAAGAAGUGGGUCCUUACCAUCCCAAAGAUUGGCACAUUGUUUUGUCCUUAGUCUGUCAUACAUUAAUGCGGGUAUAAUGCUCUCCUCCUCAACUCGACUGAUUUCAUUGCUCUCAGGAUCACCUGAAGGAGAUUAUUUAAAAACAAGGCAGUUUUUAAAAAAUGCACAAUUUUGCAUAGGAAAAUAUGAGUGUGAAAGCCAAAUUUAGAAAUAUCCACCGUGCCUUGAUUUUAUCUGCAGCUUGAUUAAUUCUGUUCCUAUCAAUCUAGCUAAGUGGCGCGUUGACUCAGUUUUUGGCUUUUCAGUACACUCGUAUUAAACCCAACUCACCUAGACCAAGAGGACCACUU